CUCUCUCACACCAAGAUGUCUUGCUACGACCUGUGCCCACCAAAAACCAGCGUCGCCGUGCCCCAGCCCAUCGCUGAGAGCUGCAACGAGCUGUGCGCGCGCCAGUGCCCCGACUCUACGGCCUUCAUCCAGCCACCGCCCGUCGUCGUCACCUUCCCCGGCCCCAUCCUCAGCUCCUUCCCCCAGCAAGCCGUGGUGGGCUCCUCCGGAGCACCCGCCUUUGGCGGCUCCCUGGGGCUGGGGGGCCUCUACGGCGCCGGGGCCACUCAGGGCUCGGGGGGCCUCUGCACCUUUGGCAGACCCUACGCUUCUCCUGCCUGCAACCCCUGCGCCUUGCCCCGCUACAGCAGGAAGCUCUGGAACACCUGUGGGCCCUGCUAAAAUCACUCUUUAAUCUCCUCACCUCUUCCUUCCUCAUCCUCUGUGCUGAUUUCUGAUGCCCACUUUGUUUUUUAUGGUACUGAACUGGGCCCUGUGCUGGCCACUGCCUUGAAGAUGGCUCAAAAAACAC